AUGUUUUUUUUGGUUUUGUGUGGUGGGGGGUUGUGUUUGUUGUUUUUAUGGAUUUGUGUUGGUUUGUUUUGGGGUGGUGUGUUGGUUGGGGGGGGGGGGUUGGUGGGGGGGUGGGGUGGGUGGGGUGGGGGGGUGUGGGUGGGUGGUUGGGGUUGUGUUGGUGGGUGUGGGGGUGUUGGUGUGGGUUGUUUGGGGGUGUUUAGUUUGGUUGUGGGGUGGUUGGGGGGGGGUGUUUGUGGGGGUGUUGUUUGUGGGUUAGUUGUGGUUUUGGGUUGGUGGGUGGGGGUGGGGGGAGUGUGGGUUUGGGUGGGUUUGUUUGGUUGUGUUUUGUGGGUGGUUGGGGUUUUGUGUUUUGGUGGGUUUGUGGGGGGGGGGGGGGUGGGGGGUGUGGGGUUUUGGUGGUGUGGUGUGGGGGUGGUGGGGGUGUGGGUGUGUGUGGUUGUGGUGGGGUUGGGGGGGGGGUUGGGUUGGUUUGGGGUUGGGGUGAGGUUGAGGGGUGUGGGGUGGGUGUGGUGGUUGGGGGGUGGUUGUGGUGGUGUGUGGGUGGGUGGGUUGGGUGGGGGUGGGGGUUGUGGGGUUUGUGGGUUGGUUUUUGGGGUGUGUGUGGGUGGGGUGGGGGUUUGGGGUUGUUUGGUGGGGGGUGGUUGGGGUGGUUGGGGGGGGGUGUGGUGGGGUGGUUGGUGGGGGGGGUUGGGGUUGGGGGUUGUGGGGGUGGGGGGGGGGGGUGGUGGGGGUGGGGGGGUGGGGGUGGGGUGUGUGGGGGGGGGGGGGGGGGUUUUGGUGUGGUGUGGUUGGUUGGGGGUGGUGGGGGUGGGGGGGGGGUGUUGUGGGGGGGUGGUUGGGUUGUUUGGGGGGGGUGGGGGGGGGGUUGGUGUGGGGGGUUUGUUUUGGGGUGGGGGGGUGGGUGGGGUGGGUGGUUGUGUGGGGGGUGUGUUGUUUUUUGUUUGGGGGUUGGGGUUUUGGUGGGUUGUUUGUGGUUUGGGGUGUUGUGGGGGAUGGGGUGGUUGGGGGAGGGUUUAUUGGGUAGUUUGUUGUGUGGGGGGGGUGGGGUUGGGGUUGUUGGGGGGGGUUUGGUUUGGGGGAUGGGGUGGGGGGGGGGUUUGGUUGGGGGUGUGUUGGUGGGGGGUGGUGUGUGGGUGUGGGUGGUUUGUUUGGUUGUUUUUUUGGUGGUGGGGUUGGGGGGGGGAGGGGGGGGUGUGUGUUUUGGUGUUGUUGGUGGGUGUGGGGUGGUGUUGUGUGGGUGGGUGUGGGGGGUGUUUGGGUGAUGUUUGGUGGGGGGGGUUGUGGGGUGGUAGUUUGUUUGUGGGGGGUGGUGGGGGGGGUUGGGGGGGGUUUGGGGGGGGUGUGGAGGUGUGGGGGUUGUGGGGGUGGGGUGGUGGGGGGGUGGGGGGGGGGUGGUGUUUGGUGGUGGGGUGUGGUUGGGGUGUUUUGGUUGGAUGUGAUUUGUGGUUGUUUUGGGUGGGUUGUUGUGGUGGUUGGGUGGGGGGGGGUGGUGGGGGGGUUUUUGGGUGGGUUGGUGGUGGUUGGUGGGUGUUUGUUUUUGGGUGGUGGGGGUGUGUGGGGGGGGUUGUGGGUGGGUGGGGGUUUGGGGGGGGGGGGGGGGGGGUUGGUUUGGUGUUGGGGUGGUUUGGGUGUGUGGUGUUGGGGGUGGUUGGGGGGGGGGUUUGGGGGGGUUUGUGGAGGGUUGGGUGGUUGUGGGUUGGGGGUUGUUGUGUGUGUUUGUUUGGGUGUGUGUUGGGGGGGUUUGGGUGUGGGGUGGUGUGGGUUGGGGGGGGGGGGUUUUUGGGGGGGGGGUGGUGUGUUGGGAGGGAUAUUGGGGGUGUUGGGUUGUGGUGUUUUUUUGUGGGUGGGGGGGGGGUGGGUGGGGGGUGUUUGGUUUUGGUUUUGGAUUGGGGGGGGUGUUUGGGAGGGGGUGGUGUGUGUUUUUUUGGGGUGUUGUUGGGGGGUUUGUUGGGGGGGGGGGGGGUGUGUGGUGUUGGUGGGGGUUGGGGUGGGGGGGGUGUGUGGUUGUGUUGGUGGGGUGGUGGUGUUGGUUGUGGGUGGGGGUUGGGUGGGUGUGGUUGGGGGGUUGGUGUGUUGGUGGGUGUUGGGUGGGGUUGGGGGGGGGGGGGUUGUGGGGGGGGGGUGGGGGGGGGGGGGGGGGGGUGGGGGGGGUGUGUGGGUUGGGUGUGGUUGGUGGGUUGGGUGGUGGGGUUUGUUUGUGUGGGGGGUUGGGGGGGGGGGGUGGUGGGGGUGGGGGGUGGGGGGGGAGGGGGUGGUUUGGGGGGGGGGGUGGUGGGGGGGGGGGUGGGGUGGGUGGUGGGGGGUGGUGGGUGGGUGUGGUGGGUGGAGUGGGGGGGGUGGGGGGGUGGGUGGGGGGGGGGGGGGUGGGGGGGUGGGGGGGGGGGGGGGGGGGGUGGGUGGGUUUUUUUUUUGGGGUGGGUGGGUGUGGUGGGGGGGUUGGGGGUUGGGGGGUGGGUGGGGGGUGGGGUGGUUGGUGGGGUGUGGAGUGGGUUGGGGGGGGGGGGGGGUUGGGUGGGUGGGUGGUGGGUGGGGUGUGGGGUGGGGGGGGGUGGGUGGGGUGGGGGGGGGGGUUUGGUGGGGUGUGGGGUUGGGGGGGUUUGGUGUUGUGUGUUGUGUUGUUGGUUGUUGGUGGUGGGGGGGGGUUGGGUUUGGUGUGGUGGGGGUUUGGGGGGUGGGGGGUUGUUUGGGUUGGUUGUGGGGUGGGGGUUGUGGGUUUGUUUUGUUGGGUGGUUGUUUGGGGGGGGUGGUUUUGUGGUUUGUGGGGUGUUUGUGUUUGGGUGGUGGGUGGGUUGGGGGGGGGGGGGGGGGGGUGGGGGGGGGGGUGGUGGGGUUGGGGGGGGGUGGGGUGGGGGUGGGGGGGUGGGUUGUGGGGGGGUUGGUGGGGGGGGGUGGGUGGGGGUGUGGGGGUGGGUGUUGUGGGGGGUUUGGGUGGGUUGGGGUGGUGGGGGGGGGGGGGGUGUGUUGGUGGUGGUGGGGGUUGGGGGGUGGGGGGGGGGGGGGGGGGGUGGUUGGUGGUGUUUGGUGGGGGGGUGGGGGGGGUGGGGGUGGGGGGGGGGUGGGGGGUGGUUGGGGUGGUUUGGGGUGGGGGGUUGGGGUUUGGUGGGUGGGUGGUGGGGGGGGGGGUUGGGGGUUUGGUGGUUGUUGGGGGGGUGGGUGGUUGAGGGGGGGGUUGUGGGGUGUUGUGGGGUGUUUGGGGUGGGGGGGUGUGUGUGUUGUGUGUGGGGGGUUGGGUGGGGUUUGGGUGUUUGGGGUGGGGGGGGUGGGUGUUUUUGUGGGGGUUGUUGUGUUGGUUGGUUGUGGGGGGGUGUGGGUGUGGGUUUGUUGGUGUGUUUUGUGUUUGGUGGGGGGUGGGGGGGUUGUGGGGGGUUUGGGGGGUGGGGGGGUGGGGGGGGGGGGGUGGUGGUGGUGGUGGUGGUGGUGGUGGGGUGGUUGGUGUGGGGGGGGUGGGGGGGGGGUGUUGGGGGGGUGUGGGUGGGGGGGUGGUGGGUGUGUUGGGGGGGGUGGGGGGUGUUUGGUGGGGGGUGGGGGGGGGGGUGGGGGGGGUUUGGGGUGUGGGGGUUGGGGGUGGGGGUGGUGGGUUGGGGUUGUAUUUGUUGUUUUGGGGGUGGGGGGUUUGUGUUGGUGGGUUGGGGGGGUUUGGGGUGGUGUGUGGGUUGGGGGGGGGUUGUGGGUGGGUGGGGGGGUGUGGGGUGUGUUGUGGGUGUGGGUGGGGUGGGGGUGUGUUGUUUGGGUGGGUUGGGGGGUGGGUGGGGGGGGGGGUGGGUGGGGUGUGGUUGUGGUUUGUUUGGUUGUGGUGGGUUGGUUUGGUGGGGGGGGUGGGGUUGUGGUGGGGUGUGGGGGGGGUGUGGGGUGUGGGUUGGUGGUUGGUGGGGUUUGGUUUGGGUGGGUUGGGUGUGUGUUGGUGUGGUUGUGGGGUGGGGGUGGGGGGUGGGUGUGUGGUGUUGUGGGUGGGGGGGGGGGGGGGGGUGGUUUUGGGGUGUGGGGGUGGGGGGUGUUGUUGUGUGUUGUGGUGGUAUUGGGUGGUGUGUGGGGGGGGGGUGUGGUGGGGGGUGGGGUUGUGGGGGGUGGGGUGGUGUGUGGGGGUUGUUGGGGUGGUGGGUGGGGGGGUGUGUUGUGGUUGUGUGGUGGGGGGGGGGGGUGGGGGGGGUGGGGGGUGGGGUGGUUUGGGGGUGGGGGGGGGGUGGGGGGGGGGGGUGUGGGUUUGGGGGUGUGUUGGUGUGUGUUUGGGGUGGGGGGGUGGGGUGGGUUGGGGUUUUGUGUGGGGGUGGGGUUUGGUGGGGGGGGUGGGGGUGGGGACCAGUGUCGGUACUCUACAAUAGAAAAGGAGGGGUUUUUGGGUGUUGGCUCUAG